AUGGCGACCUUAAACGUGCCUCGUAAAUUCCGGAGCAUGAACACAUUCUGGAAAUACUAUUCCGGUGAGGCAGUGGCUCCGUACCCGACCAUAUUCAUCGGCGGCAAUCACGAGGCUUCUAAUUACUUAUGGGAACUGUACUAUGGAGGAUGGGCAGCACCUAAUAUAUACUUCUUGGGGUCUGCUGGUGUAGUCAAGUUUGGAAAUCUUCGAAUUGGUGGACUCUCUGGAAUUUACAAGCAGCCCGAUUUUCUUAAAGCGGGACACUUUGAGAGGCCUCCUUGUAAUGGUCAUACUAUCAGGUCGGUGUAUCAUGUUCGUGAGUAUGAUUUCCACAAACUCAUGCAAGUUGAGGAACCAAUCGAUAUUUUUCUUUCACAUGAUUGGCCUGUUGGCAUCACUGAUUGUGGGGACUGGAAGGAACUUGUUCGGGAAAAACCGGAUUUUAAGCAGGAGGUUCAAGAAAGAAGUCUUGGAAGUAAACCAGCUGCUCAAUUGCUAGAACUGAAACCACCUUAUUGGUUUUCAGCUCAUUUACACUGCAAAUUUGCUGCUCGUGUUCAACAUGGGGAAGAUGGUUCAGUGACAAACUUUCUUGCCCUUGAUAAGUGCCUACCAGGACGCAAAUUUCUUCAGGUUAUUGAAUUUGAAUCGGAGCCUGGCCCUUAUGAGAUUCAGGGCUGGUUUGGUAUUACUAUGCUUUGA